AUGACUGGCGCUGUCAUCCCGAUCUUCUCGUUGUGCACCACUUCCAUCGCCACAGGCGAGGUCAUGGACACCUUCUCGGCUCCUUCACGGUCCACAGCCUUGUUCUUCCCGAAGAUGAACCCCGCCACCUGCCUGAAGCCAGAGCCCAUCGCCAUGUUCAUGUCACAGCCCUCCAGUGUUACCUGA